ACAUGGAGAAUAAUUCCGUAACAACGUUUCACAGCGGUGGACGCGUGCAGCGGACAAAAACUAAAAAGCGGCCGAUACAAAAUACAAAAUAAAGCAACACAAAAAAUUAUUAAGCAAAAGGCUAACAAGAGAAAAAAAAAACACAACUUGUGUGAAUCGGAAGUCGAACUAAACUAAAAACGCAACACGGUAAAUAAAAUCAAAUAAAACAAAGAGACAAUAAAAGACGCGCACAAAACUCGAAAAGCAAAAAAGCAAAAAAAAGAAAAACGCGAACUAAACGCGCGUGUGCAAAGCCAAAAGCAAAAGUAGUAAAUAAAUAAGCAUAAAGAGUAUUGUAUAUAUUUUUUUUCUGUUUCGGUUUCUGUGACUGUGGCAAGUACAAGUACAACUACAACUGCAGCAACUAAAACUAAAACUAAAACUGCAACGAAAUGGACCAAGAGCAGCAGCAGCUGAAUGGCGCGAUGCGCAACGUGUCUAUAAAUACGAAUGGACUCGCCGCCGCCACAAAGCUCAAUGGCCACAGCAAAGAUGAGACGGACAAUGUGAGAAGAGUGCAGCAGUCAACGGUAACGGCGGCGACUGCGGCGAGUGCGGCGAAUGCGGCGAAUAAAACGACAAAUGCAGCGGCGGCUGCGACUGCGACGGCGACAGCGACAAAUGCAAAUGCAUUUCAAAUACAAACAUCGGCAAGUGCAGCGGACAAAAAGAAAAUGGUGUACGAGUUAUGUCAGCAGCUGUUGCUCUCCGAUGAGCAAAUGCAGGAGCUAACCUAUCGCAUAUUGCACGAGCUGCGUCGCGGCCUUGCCAAGGACACACACCCCAAGGCGAAUGUGAAGUGCUUUGUCACCUACGUGCAGGAUCUGCCCAAUGGCAAUGAGCGCGGCAAGUUCCUGGCCCUCGAUUUGGGCGGCACCAAUUUCCGUGUGCUGCUCAUCCAUCUGCAGGAGAACAACGACUUCCAAAUGGAGUCGCGCAUCUAUGCGAUACCGCAGCACAUUAUGAUCGGAUCGGGAAUACAGCUGUUCGAUCACAUUGCCGAAUGCUUGUCCAAUUUUAUGGCCGAACACAAUGUGUAUGCGGAACGUUUGCCCUUGGGCUUUACCUUCUCAUUCCCGCUGCGCCAAUUGGGUCUGACCAAGGGAUUGCUGGAGACCUGGACCAAGGGAUUCGAUUGUGCUGGCGUUGUCAACGAGGACGUUGUCCAGCUGCUGAAGGAUGCCAUCGCCCGUCGUGGCGAUGUCCAGAUCGAUGUCUGUGCCAUACUCAACGAUACGACGGGCACGCUGAUGAGUUGCGCCUGGAAGAAUCAUCACUGCAAGAUCGGACUGAUUGUGGGCACCGGUUCGAAUGCGUGCUAUGUGGAGCGUGUCGAGGAUGCCGAACUCUUCGAUGGCAGCGGCAAUGGCAAGCCCCAUGUCCUCAUCAAUACGGAGUGGGGCGCGUUCGGUGAUAACGGAGCCCUCGAUUUUGUCCGCACCGAAUUCGAUAAGGAUAUCGAUAGUCACAGCAUCAAUCCCGGCAAGCAGACGUUCGAGAAAAUGAUCUCGGGCAUGUAUAUGGGCGAACUGGUGCGCCUGGUGCUCGCCAAGAUGACACAGUCCGGCAUCCUCUUCAAUGGCCAGGGCUCCGAGGUGCUCUUCACUCGUGGCCUCUUCUUUACCAAAUAUGUGAGCGAAAUCGAGGCCGAUGAGCCCGGCAAUUUCACCAACUGUCGCCUGGUGCUCGAGGAGUUGGGCCUGUCGAAUGCCACCGAUGGCGAUUGCGCCAACGUUCGCUACAUCUGCGAGUGCGUCUCGAAGCGGGCGGCGCAUCUGGUGUCCGCGGGCAUUGCCACGCUGAUCAACAAGAUGGAUGAGCCGCAUGUGACGGUGGGCGUCGAUGGCAGUGUCUAUCGUUUCCAUCCCAAGUUCCACAAUCUGAUGGUCGAGAAGAUUACGCAGCUGAUCAAGCCGGGCAUCACGUUCGAUCUGAUGUUGUCCGAGGAUGGUUCGGGACGUGGAGCGGCGCUGGUGGCUGCGGUGGCCUGUCGAGAGGAUGUACUCAAUAGCAAGUAAACGAUAUUGUGGCAAUAUCGUUAAUCGUUAUCGCUAUCAGAAUCGGAAUCGGAAUCAGCGUCGCAGUUGCUAACCACAAUAGCAACAACAACACAACAACAACAACAACCAAUCAAUUGAGUUCGAAAUGCAAUUCGAAUGCGAGAAGAAAAUGAGUUAGUUUCCUUUGUGGCCGCUGCGCUGCUCGUGGCGUUCCAUCAUCUACCACCCACCCCAACUACCCCCACCCAAAAACAAAAAAAACAACUACUCCACACUCCCAGCCACAGCCGCCGCCAGGUGGCGCCAACGCAGCGCGCUUCUUAUUAGUAUUUAAUAUUAGGCAAGUUUUUAGAUAAAACGAUAAACAAAAAAACAAAAGCGAGGAAAAUGUUAAAGAAGAUGAAGAAAAUCAUAUAUAUAUAUAUAUGUAACUUAAAAUGUCUACUUUAGCAAUUGUGUUUUUUUUCACUCUCUCUCUCUCUCUUUCUCAAUCUGUUUGUUUUUCUCUUUGUUUUCACUUUCUGUUUUGCCCCGUUCUUCCCCCACUUUUUCUUUUCCCCACUCAAUCUGUCAUUGUUGCUCUAUUCUUUAAUUUCAAUAAAUUAAAUUAUUUGCAUGCUUAAUUUAAUUGGUUAAAUUUCAAGCGAUUCUCGCGAUAGAAACAAACAACAAAAAAAGAAGAAAACAACAAAAAGAAACCGAAAUUGUUAAUAUAUUAUACAUAUACAUUAAACAUACAUACAUAUAUAUUUUACACAGACAUACAAAUUACACACACUUACACAUACGAUAUGCGAGUAUGCAAAUUUGUUAUUAAAUCUACAAAAAAAAGCAAAAAAAAAACCAACUUAAGAGCAAAAACAAAACAAGUUAAAUGAAUUUUUCGAUUACGAAUUGGUAUUCACAUAAUUUAGGAGCAUGAAUGGAAAAAAACCGUGUAGCGCACUUUCGUGCGCCACCACCAACAACAACAACAGCAAAAAAAAAAGUGUUAUACUGUGCUACAAGCAUCAUCAUCAUCAUAUCCUAAGCCCAGGACGACAAGACAACUAACUAGAGAGCAAAGAAUCGCGCACAUUGUUAAUGAGAAACGUAAACUUAACUAAAUCAAAGUAAAAAAUAACGAAAAGAACGAAAAGCAAAUGCAAAGAAAUACUAAAAUUAUGAAAUACUUAAAAAGGAAAAAAAAACACAAAGACAACAACACAGCAAAGAUGAUGAAAGUGUGUGUGUGUGUGUUUUUGUUGUAAUUGUAAAUGUUUAUAGUAUAUAUAAUAAUAUUAUAUAUAAAUACAUAUAUAUAUUGUGAAACGUUAUAUGAUAGUAUAAAAGCUUGUUAGCCACUAUAUUGAUUAUAAUGUCGAGCUUUACUUUUCUUUCACACUCACUCUCUCUCUCUGUGUCUCUGUCUAUAUCUCUGUCUAUUGUUUAUUGUUUUUCUUAUGCGAAACAUUUUUUUUUUUGUUACUAACGUUUAAGCAGCUAAACAAUUGUUUUUAUAUUGUUUCGAAAUGAUGUAUGCACAUGUGAGUUAUAUGCCUAGUUUAGUGCUUAAUUAUUAUGUAGUUUUAAAUGUUAUUCGAAGGAUGAGUAACAACGGUCCCCGAGAGAGUCCUAAUUAUACGAGACAACCUUACAUAUGUAUGUUUACGAACACACACAUAAACAAAUUUAAGAAAAAUAAAAAAACAAAAUGAUAAUGAAAAUGAACAACAAAAAAGAAUGGAAAAAACCAAAAA